CCUCGCGGCUGGCAAGGACAAAGCCGGCGAGCUCCCCCUUUUGUGUCGGAUGAAGAGCACCAGCCAUGAGGCAGAGCCCGGGUGCCGGCUCCCCGCCGCCGCUGCCUCGGCGAGCAGCGCCAGCCCCCGCCCGGAGUUGCCGGUGUCAGGAAUUUGGUGACAGGCUUGGUUAGUCUGCUCCCCCCUCAUUUGAAGGACUGGUGGCCAAAGGCCCAGAGUGGAAAUGAGAGGAAAGGACUAGUGGGCAGCGUUGGUGCCAUCCGCCGUAUCUCCCGGAGGGACACAAUCAGGACUCAUGAAGAUGCUGACAAGACUCCAAGUUCUUACCUUCGCUUUUUUCUCAAAGGGAUUGCUACUCUCCUUAGGGGACCAUAACUUUAUGAGGAGGGAGAUUAAAAUAGAAGGUGACCUUGUUUUAGGGGGGCUGUUUCCUAUUAAUGAAAAGGGCACUGGAACUGAAGAAUGCGGGCGAAUCAAUGAAGACCGGGGAAUCCAACGCCUAGAAGCCAUGUUGUUUGCCAUUGAUGAGAUCAACAAAGACAAUUACUUGCUGCCGGGGGUGAAGCUGGGUGUUCACAUUUUGGAUACGUGUUCCAGGGAUACCUAUGCAUUAGAGCAGUCGCUGGAGUUCGUCAGAGCAUCCUUGACGAAAGUGGACGAAGCCGAGUACAUGUGCCCUGACGGGUCCUAUGCCAUUCAAGAAAACAUGCCACUGCUCAUUGCUGGGGUCAUCGGCGGCUCUUACAGCAGUGUUUCCAUUCAGGUAGCCAACCUGCUGCGCCUCUUCCAGAUCCCCCAGAUCAGCUACGCUUCCACCAGCGCCAAGCUCAGCGACAAGUCUCGCUACGAUUACUUCGCCCGGACGGUGCCCCCCGACUUCUACCAGGCCAAGGCCAUGGCCGAGAUCCUGCGCUUCUUCAACUGGACCUACGUGUCCACCGUGGCCUCGGAGGGUGACUACGGCGAGACGGGCAUCGAGGCGUUCGAGCAGGAGGCGCGCGUGCGCAACAUCUGCAUCGCCACGGCGGAGAAGGUGGGGCGCUCCAACAUCCGCAAGUCCUACGACAGCGUGGUCCGCGAGCUGCUGCUGAAGCCCAGCGCGCGCGUCGUGGUGCUCUUCAUGCGCAGCGACGACUCGCGCGAGCUCAUCGCCGCCGCCAGCCGCGCCAACGCCUCCUUCACCUGGGUGGCCAGCGACGGCUGGGGCGCGCAGGAGAGCAUCGUCAAGGGCAGCGAGCACGUGGCCGACGGCGCCAUCACGCUGGAGCUGGCCUCGCAGCCCGUGCGCCAGUUCGACCGCUACUUCCAGAGCCUCACGCCCUACAACAACCACCGCAACCCCUGGUUCCGGGACUUCUGGGAGCAGAAGUUCCAGUGCAGCCUGCAGAGCAAGCGCAGCCACAGGCGCACCUGCGACAAGCACCUGGCCAUCGACAGCAGCAACUACGAGCAGGAAUCCAAGAUCAUGUUCGUGGUGAACGCGGUGUACGCCAUGGCCCACGCGCUGCACAAGAUGCAGCGCACGCUGUGUCCCAACACCACCAAGCUGUGCGACGCCAUGAAGAUCCUGGACGGCAAGAAGCUGUACAAGGAUUACCUCCUGAAAAUCAACUUCACAGCUCCAUUCAACCCCAAUAAAGGUGUGGACAGCAUCGUCAAGUUCGACACUUUCGGAGACGGCAUGGGGCGGUACAACGUGUUCAACUUCCAGCACAUGGGUGGGAAGUAUUCCUACCUGAAGGUCGGUCAUUGGGCGGAAACCUUAUCGCUAGAUGUUGACUCCAUCCACUGGUCUCGGAACUCACUCCCCGUUUCCCAGUGCAGUGACCCCUGCGCCCCCAAUGAAAUGAAGAACAUGCAGCCAGGCGAUGUCUGCUGCUGGAUUUGCAUCCCCUGCGAGCCCUAUGAGUACCUGGCUGAUGAGUUCACCUGUGUGGAUUGUGGGCCUGGGCAGUGGCCCACUGCAGACCUAUCCGGAUGCUACAACCUUCCCGAGGACUACAUCAAGUGGGAAGAUGCCUGGGCCAUUGGCCCGGUCACCAUUGCCUGCCUGGGGUUUAUGUGCACAAGCAUAGUGGUGACAGUUUUUAUCAAGCACAACAAUACCCCCUUGGUGAAAGCGUCAGGCCGCGAACUGUGCUACAUCUUGCUGUUUGGGGUCGGCCUGUCCUAUUGCAUGACGUUCUUCUUCAUUGCCAAGCCGUCCCCCGUCAUCUGUGCACUGCGCCGCCUGGGGCUGGGCACCUCCUUCGCUAUCUGCUAUUCAGCCCUGCUGACCAAGACAAACUGCAUCGCCCGCAUCUUCGAUGGGGUCAAGAAUGGCGCUCAGAGGCCCAAAUUCAUCAGCCCCGGUUCUCAGGUGUUCAUCUGCCUCGGUCUGAUACUGGUGCAAAUUGUGGUAGUGUCUGUGUGGCUCAUCCUGGAGACUCCAGGCACCAGGAGGCACACGCUUCCAGAAAAGCGCGAAACGGUCAUCUUGAAAUGCAACGUCAGAGACUCCAGCAUGUUGAUCUCUCUCACCUAUGAUGUGAUCCUGGUGAUCCUUUGCACUGUGUAUGCCUUCAAAACGCGGAAGUGCCCAGAAAAUUUCAACGAAGCCAAGUUUAUAGGUUUUACCAUGUACACCACGUGCAUCAUCUGGUUGGCUUUCCUCCCUAUAUUUUAUGUGACAUCAAGUGAUUACAGAGUGCAGACGACAACCAUGUGCAUCUCCGUCAGCCUGAGUGGCUUCGUGGUCUUGGGCUGUUUGUUUGCACCCAAGGUGCACAUUAUCCUGUUCCAGCCCCAGAAGAAUGUGGUCACACACAGACUGCAUCUCAACAGGUUCAGUGUCAGUGGAACUGGGACCACAUAUUCUCAGUCUUUGAUGAAGCUGGAAUUAGAUAAAGUAUAUGAAAACACUUUGCAAAGAACCUAGUGACGCCCUCACACUUGGAAUUCUUAUCCUGACUACUGUCCAUCAGCCCCCGCGAGCACAUAUGUGCCAACCGUGUGCAAUGGGCGGGAAGUCCUCGACUCCACCACCUCAUCCCUGUGAUUGUGAAUUGCCGUUCAGUUGUCGUGUUUGUAGACUGUUAGACAAAUGUGCUCACGUGCAGCUCCAGAGUGUGGAAAAGAGCAAAAGAGCAACCCUAGCACCUUUUUUUAGCAACAGUACAAUAAAUUAUUUUUGAGGACUGUACAGUAUUUAGUGAUGUGCUAGAACUUUCUAGGCUGAUUUUAGUGCCCCUAUGAUUAACAACCCCACCCCUCCCCCACCCCUGAAAAUGGAAAUAACCAUUGUUUACAGAGCAGAGCAUGGAUGACAGGGUCUGACAGGGUCAGUCUACUAGAAACAUAUGGUGGCAAUAUUAGGUAACUUUUUUUCCUAUGAAGUUUUUUGUAGGUCCUUGUUGUAACUAAUCUAGGAUGAGUUUCUAUGUUGUAUAUUAAAGUUACAUUAUGCGUAACAGAUUGUUUUUCUCAGCACAAAAUAAAAAGCAUCUGUAUUAAUGUAAAGAUGUUGAGAAUAAAACCUUAAAGGUUUUCCAGCA